AUGGCUCGAAGGAGCGUUGCACAGGACAUGAAAUGCGCUGCUACGGUAUACGACGUUAAGUUGAAAGGGCCAAGACAAUGUAGAAAUUCGAUGAAGAUCGGGCCCUUCUGCAAAUUGCACGCGAAGAAGAUAGAAGACCUGCAGGACGACCCAGAAACCGACGCCGAAGGUGACUCGUCAUUGUCCCAACCCGUGGCAGUUGAGGAUGAUAUCACCACCUCGAUGAAAGAAUUAACGCUUAGCAACGACAAGAGCGUGAUCGUGGAACCUAUCCCACAGGACUGGAUGCCAAAACGAGUGCAAUCAUUCGGUGGUGUUCAGGACCCGGUUCGCAAAAGAUGGCAGGAUUACAUACCUAAAGACAUCUCCAAAUCUGUCUACCAGGACGUGGUGCAAUAUUUCUCACAAAGACCGUCCCGGGAUAGACCGGGACAAGUCUACAUCACUCGCAGCUAUCCAACCUGGCAGGUCCUUGAGAAAGGAGAAAUUAUCAUCAAGAUUGGGCGAGCGGAUAACGCGGAGGAGCGCGACAAAACGUUGGUAAAAUGGUGCCAGUACUAUACUUUCGAGCUACUUUUCGCCUUCCCGGACACCGAGCGAAAAAUAAUGCUGUCGCGGAAAGCUGAAAAACUAGCACACAAAUCGCUCAGCAAUCGUUUAUAUCAGCCGACAUCCAGUGGAAAGUGUAUGUGCCAGAAACCGCAUCAAGAACUGUUCAAGAUCCCCGAGUCUGAGCUCCCACAGGUGAUCACAAUGGUACAGCAUUGGGCGAAUGUUCUCGAAGAAUACGAGGAAAUUUGGCCUGGUAUCUCCUUUAAAGGAAGACCGUCAAUGUGA